AUGGCGACCAUGCGGACGCAAGCCACAAAAUUUGGUUCAUCUCACUCAGUAUACUGUGUAUUUGGAAUCAAGGAAAGCACUCUUAAGCAAGAGCAGGAGAAGUUUGAAACGCUGAUCGAGCACUACAAGAUGCUUUACCCACUUGUGGGAGAGUUAGUGGAGAAGCUUGAAGCGGGUCUGGAAGAUGAGGCUGCUUGGUGCCGCAUCAUAGACUUUAACGAUAGGCGUCUUGCUUGUGGGGCCGAAUUGCCUUGUUAUACCGGGGAUUGUGAAGCUGUGCAGCUUCGACUUACCUUGGAGCAAGAGAAAUUUCUGGCUCGGUUCGCAGAGCAAGAUUGCCGGACUGGAGAAGAGGAGGCCUGGGUGCACGUGGAGUGUACGGAGGAUGAUGGGUGGGCCGCUCAGUGCGGCGAAGGUCCUCAGAAUGGCCUAUCGUGGGGCCGCACCGACGACAGCGAUGAAGGGUAUGAGACUGUUGACGGUGUGACUUCGAUCUUCGCCGCCCUCUGUCCAUGGAAGAGGGAAUUUGGAUCGGAUAUGAUUCCGGCUAUCCAGCCUGUAUCAUCGCACACAGCGCAUUUCGAACUUCCGGCAUCAACCGCAGUGCUGUGA